UUUGUUGACAUUUGUUUGUGAAAGACAAAAACAGUGGACACACACUGGAUGGUGUAUUUUUGGAAACCAGCUAACGAAACACGCUACAGACUGAAGACCACCGUAUCGUGAUUUAAACAUAGCCGCGUUUAUAAAACGAGCUGUGGUCAAGAUUGGACUUUAAUCAAAGGCGAAAGAAGAUCCAACAUCAGCAGAUGGAAGUCGGGAACAAAACAAACCAUUGGACUGCAUGAGAGGCUGAAUCAUUCACAGGCUAACCAGACAGCAGACAAUUGAGUUAGGUUGUAAUCUUAAACGACGGCAACUAACAUUUAUAAGUGAAUCUUCGGAAGAUUAAUAUACUUAAGUCUUAACUACCACUCAGUAUUUUUCUUGUUACCAUGGUAGUGUAGUUACACAAGCGUUGUCCGUUAGAGUAGCAAGUUAGCAAGCUAGUGUUAGCUGAAGCUAACGUUACCCCUAUUUGAACUGCUUCAGCUGCUAGCUACAUAAUGUAGCUGAGAUUACGAGACUACAUUCAGUUCAUACAGUGUUUACAAUAAGUGGCUUGUGAGUUGAGGGUGACCUCAAGAAUGUGAAGAACAAUGGCCAACUUUGAAGCUUACCAGGAGUAUCAGAGAAUUGAGGACUUCGAGGAGGACUCACCACCAGGGGAGGAGCAGGACUUGCUGGUGCAUGUGCCUGAAGGCCUGAAAGACUCAUGGCACCAUAUCAAGAACCUGGAUAACUUCUUCAAAAGGAUCUAUCAUUUUCAUCAGAAGAAUGGCUUCGCUUGUAUGAUGUUGUCAGAGUUCUUUGAACUUAUUCAGUUUUUGUUUGUUGUCACGUUCUCGACGUUCCUUGUCAACUGUGUGGAGUAUGAUGUCCUAUUUGCCAAUCGAGCGGUCAACCACACCGGGCAGGUCCAGAACCCCUUGGACAGGAACAAGGUCACACUUCCUGAUGCCAUCCUCCCCAGUCAGCAGUGCACUCAGAGGAUUCAAGAGAAUAGUUGGAUUAUAUUCCUUCUCAUCAUGGCAGCCAUCUUCUGGCUCUAUCGACUUAUUAAAGUCUUUUGCAAUGUUCUGAGCUACUGGGAGAUCAGGCAGUUCUACAUCAAAGCACUGAAGAUCAGAAUGGAUGAACUAUGCAACUUCACAUGGCAGGAAGUGCAGGACCGGCUCAUCAGCCUGCAACGAGAACAGCAAAUGUGCAUACACAAGAAAGAGCUGACAGAACUUGACAUAUAUCACCGCAUCUUGCGAUUCAAGAACUAUAUGGUGGCCAUGAUAAACAAAUCGCUGCUGCCAGUGCAGCUGCAGCUCCCCCUGCUGGGCAAUGUGGUGUUCCUCACCCAGGGCCUCAAGUACAACUUUGAGCUCAUCCUCUUCUGGGGUCCUGGCUCUCUGUUUCAGAAUAAGUGGAACCUGCACCCCAAGUACAAGCGGAAUGGAAACCGCCUGGAGCUCGCACAGCAGCUCAGUAGAGUCAUCCUGCUCAUGGGUUUGGCCAAUUUGCUGCUAUGUCCCUUCAUCCUGGUGUGGCAGGUGCUCUACGCUUUCUUCAGCUAUACCGAAGUGAUCCGCAGAGAACCCGGGAGCCUGGGUGCGCGACGCUGGUCCCUGUAUGGUCGUUUAUACCUGCGACACUUUAACGAGCUGGACCACGAGCUGCAUGGACGUUUAGGCCGCGGCUACAAGCCCACUUCCAAAUACAUGAACUCCUUUACGUCACCAGUGCUGACCGUGCUGGCUAAGAACUUUGCCUUCUUCUCAGGCUCAGUUCUGGCUGUGCUCAUUGCACUGACGGUGUAUGACGAAGAUGUUCUGACAGUGCAGCACAUUCUGACCGCCAUCACUGUGCUGGGAGUGGUGAUUACUAUCGCCAGGUCCUUCAUCCCAGAUGAGCAUAUGGUGUGGUGUCCAGAACAGCUGCUGCAGUGCAUGCUGGCACACAUUCACUACAUGCCAGACCACUGGAGGGGAUAUGCUAACAAGAGUGAGACCCGUGACGAGGUGGCACAGCUGUUCCAGUACAAAGCGGUAUUCAUCUUGGAGGAGUUGCUCAGUCCUAUUGUCACACCCUUCAUUCUCAUCUUCCACCUGAGGAAUAAAUCUCUAGAGAUCAUUGACUUCUUCAGGAACUUCACUGUGGAGGUGGUUGGAGUCGGAGACAUCUGUUCCUUUGCGCAGAUGGACAUCAGACGCCAUGGAAACCCAACAUGGAUGUCAGAGGGCCAGACCGAGGCCUCCAUAUACCAACAAGCUGAAAAUGGCAAGACAGAGUUGUCUCUUAUGCAUUUCACCAUUAAGAACCCACGCUGGCAGCCGCCUCAGGAGAGCUCAGUGUUUAUCAGCCAUCUGAAGGAAAAGGUGCAGCACGAUGCACAGGGUGGCCCCUCCACCCAGCUGCUGCUCUCUGAGGCUCCUCUCUGCACCUCCCUGCAGUCCAACGACUCCGGCGCUGCGCAUGAUAAUCUGCUGGCCAGUGUCCUCGCUCACCCCAUUCUAACUGCGUCUGGACUACAAGGGCGAGACCAUCGCUUCAUCCCACCGAGCACCGCUGCUUCUGCCGCUGCCAGUGUUCUGGCCUCUUUGUCAACCUCCCAGCUCACACACACGAGCCGCGGCCGCUCACAUGGCCUCCUGCACUCAUCUCUCCAACCCGAGAGCACCAUGUACCGCAGCGAUCGCACGGUCAUUGACAGUAUGUCUAACAGUGACUCUCGCAUCCGGAGCAAUACACUGAACUCAGAGUUUGCCUCAGCAGAGAUGAGUCUCCAUGCCAUCUACAUGCACGAGCUCCACCAGCAGACCUCCCACCCACAGAGAACUUCAGGGCAGUGGCAGAACCCAGUGCCAAUGAGAGAUAUGCACACAAACACUGGUUUCCAGGCACAAAGUUCCAGCAUUUCCAUGCCCACCACUGUCCACCUUGGAGGCUGGCAAGAGGAGGAGGAGGAGGAGGAGGAAGAGGAGAAUGGCGAUGAUCAGGAGAUUAUCAGUGGAUCUACUCCAAAACAGGGCACUGGGAGUAAUUGUUGAAAUGCCUUAUGUCAUAAGGUAUAAACUCUCUUUUAAACUCUGUAUUAUGACACGUGUCUACGAUCUAUGCUUUGUGGUUCUGUAUCCUGUGUGUUUGCUGAACCUUAACAACAAUGGCCUUUUAUCCUACAAGGGAUACAUCGCCAUGAUAAUUUCUCCUCUCCUUUUUUAUUUUAUUUUUUUAUAGUGUUUACAUUUUUGUUUCUUCUAUGAACAUUGUGGCCUUAGAUGAUCUUCAUGGAGAAUUUAGCAUGGACCUUUAAAACAUCACUCAGCGUUUGUUAUAGGAGGGGCUCAUUGAAUAACCACUGUCUCUGCACCUCCACGCCUCAUCCUGUCACAUCAGGCAGACUAUGGCAUCAGGGAAACCAUACGUCUUCCGUCCGGUCCGAUCCAUCUUGAUUUUGUCAUAAACUUGUACAGACAAACUGUGUAAAAUGACAGAGAGACAAUAUAGUGUAUUCAUUGGAUCACUGUGUGAAAAGGAGUGCAAAAAGGCUCAUCGCGACUUCUGCUGAGCCUUCAAGUAUUUGUGCAUCACAAAGAUUUACAGCACGAGUCUAAUUUAAGUUUCUCACAGAGUGAUGCUCUGUGCGACAAAGACUGCAAACUGUAUCAUAGCUGCCUGAACAAUUUUGAUCACCUAAAAAAAAAAAAGAAAAAAAAUUCAAGUUGUGCUGUCUGACCCUGGUCAUUUGUAAAUACACUUUAGACUUUUGACCGACUUAUCCUUUAAAAGAUCACAUUUUACUACCGGAGCUAAUCCUUUGAAAAGUAAACCAAGUAUUGAUUUUUAAAGAGAGACACCAUGUGUAUCUGUCAAAACAUGUCUUUAAACCAGACAUACACAUGCUUUAAUGCUGCUGUCUGUGUUUAGUGGUCGUAAAUACAGAUUUUACUCAGUAUUAAUAUUUCAGCGUUGUUCCUCAGAAACGGGACUGAAAUCACUCGCCCCAAAUACACUUGGCGUCAAAAUCCCAAUGCAGAUAUAAGAUGUCUUUUAAGUCUAUUUAAGCGGGACACAAAGUCAGCUUGAUGCCUUAACACCCAUAUAAAAACACAGUUUUUCGUAUUACCUCAGUGGCGGUGAAGAAAAAAAGAAUACUCCAAUCAAUACCUCUUGUGUAAAUAUAUAAACCGUACAUAUGGGGUUCUUCGCAGUGGGCAGAUGCAUCUUUUUACUGCAUUUUGAUUUUAAUGGCGGGUGUAAAUGGAAUCUGUUUCAUUUUCUGUUCUUAUUUCUAGCAGCGCAGAUGUUAAGUCAAGUGCUUAUGUCCCAGAAAUUGAUGUCACCAAAAUCGAACAAAACAGGGUGGUGUUGCUUUCACAAAUCUUUGUUGUGCACAUAAAAAAUGGAACUUCAUCAAAAGGGCUGAUUUUAGAUUGUGCGCUGUUGCUUCUACAGCUCUCUCAGUGUUGGCUUUAUACUUUCAAAAUAAGAGCAUGAGGAGAAAAAAAAGCCUUUCCACAGUCUGCAUCAUUUGUUUGCUUUAGGUUUAUUUAUUACCUGUUGCCCCCCCUGAUAUUUAAAUAAUGUGUGUAUAAUCUAUUUAAGAAAUUAUUUAGGUUGUUUUGUGAAAUAGUUUAAUUUCACAAAAUCUUGUUAAUAAAAAAAGAGAUGUUUCUCCCCCCCCCCCCCACUAAAAGUAGUAUUUAAAAAAAAAAAAAAAAAAAAUUGAAAAUCUGAUUAAAAAUACUUUAAUGCAAAGAUAACAUGGCCAGCUGCAUGAUUUUGAAUGUGAUUUACAGGGACUGGGACUGCUUGUUGAUGCAGUGCGCAAAAAUAUAUUUUUACCCAUUUUUUUAUUGCAUUAUCCAUCGAUCACAGUAAUAUAGAUGUCAUACUGCACAACUGCAAGACUUGAGAGGUUACACAUGUGUCUUUGCCCUCUCGCGUGUUUAGAAACUAUUACACUUUGUUUGUGAGUGUGUCUGUGAAAGGAAUGCGUUUUGACACCUGCGUAAUUAUGCUAACAUGAACUUUGCACUGAAAGAAAAUAAACUUUUUUUUUUUCUUUUUUAAAUGUGUGUGUGUGUGUGUGUGUGUGUGUGUGUGUGUGUGUGUGUGUGUGUGUGUGUGUGUGUAUAUGUAUAUAUAUAUAUAUAUAUAUAUAUAUAUAUAUAUACAGUACUUGCAUCAGUUACGUUUUAGGAAGGGUAGGUCUCAAAAGGGACACUGAUUCAGUCUCCAUCUGGAAUGACCUCUUGUCGUUGUUUGUAUAUAAGCAUCAGCACGUAUUGUAUCGUCGUUCACAGCAGACUCACAUGGGAUCGCUGUGACCCAGUCACAUAAGGUCAUUCUUACCUCUGAUCAGUAAAAGUCCACCCUGUAGGGGACGAUGUGUGUCUUUGUCACACUGUUAAAUAAACUUACAUGGGUAUUGUGUCCAUGUGUGUAGUGAGUUUAUGUUGUAGAGACACUGGAGCUCAGCUUUGUGCACAGAGUUGACGGUCUCCACAUUUACACCUCACUGUUAUGUUUGUCAUUUUAUUUUAAGCAGUGCCUUAGUAUUAAGGAUUAAUAAUUGCUCUUUAUAGAAGCCAUUUCAUGUAAACUAUUGGAUUUACUUUCACAGAUUUAGCAGCACAUACUAUGUACAGUAUUUUUCUUUUUGGCAAGUUAUUGUGUAUAGCAUCAAGUAUGUCGUGAAGUUGUGGAUGUGGCUUGUAAGAUGAGUUGUAAACUGAUCCUGAGAUCUUAUGUCAGUCUGUUGCAUCCGACAGCACACUUCUUCUUAUCAUGGUGUCUAAAUUUGCACUGUUCUCAAUAUCCUAAAGAAGCAGGAGUGUGCCUUGUAACUGCUGAUGUCAUCACGGCCAACCUUCUCAUCUUACUAUGGUUUCUUAUCCACUAAACACCAGUCAAACAAUCACAGUGACUGGAACAAGGUGCUAAGUUUUCAUCCUGAAAUGUUGAAUCUGUUUUAAGACAUGUCUGAGGUUUUUUUUGUUUGUUUUUUGUUACAUAGGUUUGUCUGUUUGUUUUGUUCUGUACAUUAAGAAACACUAGCUGAAAAAUGAAACAUGCCAAAAGAAGUUGUUAUCGCCACAGCUUUACAAUACAUGUGUUGUUUUUUCUGUGAGUGAGUAGAGAGGCAAAUAAAUCUUAUUUUGAGUGUAUUUAAUCAUUUCAUGUGUGGUUGAUUAUGCGAUGUUUAUUUGAAAAUAAAAAUAUAUUAAAAUUUUCA